CUCAGGGAAGUCCGAAUGUGGACUAAGGCCAAAUGGUGCCGUUUGACGCUGUCAGCCGCAAUGCUGGAGAUCCGGCGCAUGCGCAAUAAGACGUCAGUGUUUCUCCGGUUCCAAGAUGGCGCAGGGGAUCUGCGCAUGCGCGAACUUACGCGAACCCGGAAGUGGCGCGAAAAGUUGAAAAAAACAGCGCGAAAAGGAACCGAGAGCCAUUUAAACUUCAAUAUAGUGGCGGUUUGUAUCCCCUAUGCUGCCUGGUGUUGGUAAGGCUGUUGUAAGCUGCUUGUGCCGUUUGUGCUUUCAGAAGGGUGCUGUGUAAGUAACAGAUGGUUACCUUCUGAACCAAACAGUUGUGAGCCUGUAUGAUACUAAUAUGCCAUAAAAAAUGUUUUUUUCUUAGGCUGGCAUUGCAGGUAGAAAACCUGCCUUCAUCAUGAGCUCCAGACGCUCGCAUUCAGGCUCAAGGGGGAGUUCUCCUUCUGGACAAAGGAAAAAGACAAGGAGACAGUGUGCAUCUUGUCAGGAAUCUGCUAUGCCGGAUAAAAGGCUAUGUGAAAAAUGCUUUUCUGAUGCUUCAGGGAUAGCACCGACGCAAUUCACUGAAUUCAUGUCAUGGAUGAAGAACACUUUCAACCAAUCUAUGGCCAAUAUGGUGUCGCAAGUAACUGAUAACGUUAUGAGAAACUUAGAUGGAGGCAGUAGUCUAGGGCAAAUAGCCCACAACCCUGUGGAGCAGACAGAGACACAAGGGGACACCCUCGAUAGAAUCAAUUUACCAGAAACAGAAUCUGAAGGUGAACUAUCUGACAUGGAAUCUGAAGAAGAGGGGGAAUCAGAAUUCAAUACAGACAUGAUUGAGUCUCUAGUUAAAGCAGUCAGGAAAACUCUGGAUCUGGAAGACAAAAUUCAGAACCCAGAGAAGCAGGAUAAGAUGUUUAAGAAAGUAUCUAAGAAAAACCACCUUUUCCCUAUACAUGAAGUCAUUCAAUCCACAAUUGUAGGGGAAUGGGAAUUCCCAGACAAAAACAGAUAUUAUCAAGAAGAUUCAAAAAAAUGUUCCCUUUUGCUACAGAAGAUACCAAAACAUGGGAUACCCCUCCUAAAGUAGAUGCAGCUAUUACCAGGGUGGCCAGGCGUACCACCUUACCAGUAGAUGAAGGGGUCUCUUUAAAGGACACUAUGGAAAGGAGGCAGGAUGGAGCUCUUAAAAGAGCUUAUAUGACAGGGGGUGCUUUAUGUAAGGCAUCCGUGGCUACAACCUCAGUAAUGAGAGCCAAUAAAAUCUGGAUACAGGAACUUGAGUCUGCAAUCAAGUCGGGAACAGAAAGAGAAAAACUAUUAGAGAUGAUACAAGACAUCAAGAUGGCAAAUGAAUACGCAUCGGAGGCUUCAAUGGAUUCCAUAAAACUGGCUGGAAAAUCCAUGGGGCUUUCUGUAGUAGCCAGAAGAAGUUUGUGGCUCAG